UCGGUUCUACGGUUUAACGAUAACAAUAACUCGCGAUCGCUUAAUUAAUCGGUUCGCUCUGAAUGAUCUACAGGAAGCAAGAACGUCGGUGAAACAUGGGCGAGGAACGCGUGGUCUCGGACACUGGAGGUGGGGCGAGCAGGUCCGCCGGCAGACCGGAAGUCCUCAGGAGCAACCACGAUUAUUUACGCGGGAAGAUGGAACGUGGUCUGCACGAGCGUGACCGCGUCGGCGUUCAGGACUACGUUCUACUCGAGGACUUUCAAAACGAGGCGGCGUUCAUCGAUAAUCUACGGAAACGUUUCAACGAGGACCUGAUUUACACAUACAUUGGCCAGGUGCUCGUGUCCGUGAAUCCUUACAAGAAGCUACCGAUUUACAGUAAGGAAACGAUCCAGUACUAUCACGGAAGAAACUUCUUCGAGGCACCACCGCACAUUUUUGCACUGGCGGACACCGCGUAUCAGUCAAUGUUGAAGGAGAGCUUGGACCAAUGUAUCCUCAUCUCAGGCGAAUCCGGUUCAGGGAAGACCGAAGCUUCGAAAAAGGUCCUGGAAUUCAUCGCGGCGGCGACCGGUCACAAAAAGCAAGUGGAGGAAGUAAAUGAUAAAUUGAUCGGUAGCAAUCCCGUGCUCGAAGCUUUCGGAAACGCGAAAACUAAUCGCAAUGAUAACUCGUCCCGUUUCGGCAAAUACAUGGAUAUCCAAUUUAACUUCCAGGGAGAUCCGAUCGGUGGUAACAUUUUGAAUUACCUGCUCGAAAAGUCGCGAGUGGUCCAUCAAUUCUCGGGUGAACGGAAUUUCCAUAUUUUCUAUCAGUUAUUGGCCGGUGCCGGAGACGACACGUUGCAGAAAUUAUUCCUUAAACGAAAUUUGGACACGUAUUAUUACCUGAGCAACGGUACGAAAGGUACGAUAGACACUAUCGACGAUGCGAAACAUCAGCAGGAACAGGAUGAUUUAUUCGCCAUAGUCGCGUCGGUGCUGCAUAUGGGAAACAUCGGUUUCACGGAGGAAGAUGGAGUUGCAAAAAUUUUGAAGCCAGCUUCCGUCGAAGCUGUCGCCACCCUACUGGGAUGCAACGUGAAACAAUUGGCGGAUGCAUUCACACACCGCACAAUAGACGCUCGUGGCGACGUGGUCGUUUCUCCGUUGAACAGAGAGUUGGCGAUUUACGCGCGGGAUGCGCUGGCCAAAGCCGUGUACGACAGAUUGUUCACGUGGCUGGUUACCAGGUUGAAUAAAUCAUUGCAACCGGUCCACGAUCCACCGCGGAAGAUGGUCAUAGGAAUCCUUGAUAUUUAUGGCUUUGAAAUCUUCCAAAAGAAUAGCUUUGAGCAGUUCUGUAUAAAUUAUUGUAACGAGAAAUUGCAACAGUUAUUUAUUCAAUUGACACUGAAGUCCGAGCAAGAGGAGUACUUACGGGAAGGAAUUACCUGGGAGAAUAUUCAAUAUUUUAAUAACAAAGUUAUAUGCGAUUUAAUCGAGGAAAAGCAUAAAGGAAUAAUAUCACUGAUGGACGAAGAGUGUCUCCGCCCCGGUGACCCGACCGAUCUGAGCUUCCUGGAAAAGUUAAAUGUCAAUCUAAACAUGGUCAGCAGCCUAUGUAUUUCCAUUGCAAAAGGUUUAUAGUUUUUAGCUUUUCAACAUAAUUGUACAUUAUAGGAAUUCAGAUUGGUGCAUUAUGCUGGAGAUGUAACGUACAAUGUACGCGGAUUUCUGGAAAAAAAUAAUGACUUGCUGUUCAGAGAUUUGCGCGAAGUAAUGUCACACACAACAAAUUCAAUCACCAAGAAUGUAUUUGAUGUGAAAGAUUUAACUAGUAAGAAGCGACCGGAUACAGCUAUCACACAAUUCAAAAACAGUCUGAACAAUCUUGUGGAUAUUCUUAUGGGCAAGGAACCAUCUUACAUUCGUUGUAUCAAACCUAAUGACUAUAAAACGCCUAAACAAUUCAAUGAUAAGAUUGUACUUCAUCAAGUGAAAUAUCUGGGUCUUAUGGAGAAUUUACGAGUUAGGCGAGCUGGUUUUGCCUACCGAAGGCCAUACGAACAAUUCUUACAACGCUAUAAAUCCCUGUGUCCACAAACCUGGCCCAACUAUCACGGCACAGCAAAGGAUGGUGUACAAACUCUAGUGUGCUACCUUGGUUUUGAACACGACGAAUAUAGGAUGGGCAACACAAAAUUGUUCAUUCGAUUCCCUAAGACGUUAUUCGACACAGAAGAUGCCUUCCAAAUGAAAAAACACGACAUAGCUGCCAUCAUUCAAAGUAAAUGGAAAUGUAUAUUAGUAAGACGAAGGUACUUGAGAAUGAGAAAAGUGGCAAUCGUCUUACAAACGCAUAUUCGAAGAUGGCUUGCGAGACGCGAGGCUGAAAGAAGACGAAGAGCAGUCAUUACCAUUCGAAGAUUUAUUAAAGGAUUUAUCACACGAAAUGGACCCCCAACUGAGAUAAAUAUGGCAUUCAUUGAAUUAGCAAAAUCCCAGUGGUUAAUCAAGCUCUCUAAAACACUUCCUCUUGGCGUGUUAAACAAUUACUGGCCUCCCUGUCCAUACUCUUGUCGAGAAGCCUCCGAACACUUGCGCGUUUUGUAUAAAAAAUGGAAGGCGCGUAACUACAGAUUGGCCUUGUCAAAAGAAGAUAAGGAACAGUUUGAAUUGAAAAUUUUAGCAGAAUCUCUGUUCAAAGGGAAAAAAAAGUCGUACGCGAAGAGUUUAGGACCAAGAUUCCAAAACGAUCGGCUUGGUGCGGAACACAAAGCGUUAAGACAGAGUUUCGUUAGCAAUAUUCUUCCUAGAGAUGAAACUAUAAAAUACGCGAAUCCUGUCAUUAAAUAUGAUCGGCACGGAUACAAGUCCCGUGAAAGGGUUUUAAUUUUAACAGAAAACGCAGUAUACAUUUUAGACACGUUGAAAACUUUUAAACUUAAGCACAGACUUCCUUAUAAAUCUAUAGAAGAAUUGGUGGUUACCGGUGAAUCGGAUAACCUAUUGAUUGUGAGGAUACCACCAGAACUGAAGAAAGAUAAGGGUGAUCUAAUACUGGAGGUACCACAUAUAAUAGAAGCACUAACAAAAGCAAUUGAUGUCACCAACAAUCCAAAUAUUCUUAAAAUUGUUCACACAGAAUCGGUCUCACACAAACUAGUCAGUGGUAAAGAAGGUGUAAUUGAGUUCAGAACCGGUACAACACCAGCCAUUAGUAAAAACAGACAAAGUGGACAUUUGCUGGUGGUGGCCUCUCCAUGA